UAUUGUUCAGUUAACAUGUAUUCUUACUAUAGUCGAUGAUUGUUGGGAAUAUAUUGUAUGGAAUAACUCAAGGCUGCUGUGCUUUACUUUGGAAGAACAUAUAUAGGGCUUCAAGUUAUUCUGCUAGGAACAAAUAAGACUACACAAGUUGCUGCAGUAGACACUGAAUAUGAAAGUUGAUGCAUUCUCUGGUGAUGCAUCCACCACGUGGUCAGAUGAGGAGGCGGAUGCCUUGUUCCAGGCUUGUGUCAUAUACAUCAAAGACUGUGCCAAAAAACAUGCAAUCAACAAGACAAAACAAGCAACCACCCAACAAGAAAACAAUCAACUGAAUAUACAAAUUAGCCCCAUCCCUAAAUCAAGCAAGUCAAACUCAGAUAUUGGCUCUGAUGAUUCUGAUAGGAUCGAUUUUAACGAGAUGAAGAUAUUUAAUGACAGUGUUGUCACAAUACAUGAGGCGGAAAACAUUACCAAGAAUGACGUAGGAUGUGAUUCGAUUCUUGUGACGUCAUUCCAUACUGCACUGGUUCACAAUGAUUUCUAUUACGUCGAGAAAGUCUUGGGGUAUUUGGACAACCACGAGAAGCAUUACCUUCUAAAUACUCGAAUCAGGUAUACCCCUAUUGAGAAAAACUCAAGUCAAACCAGAAAAUCUGAAUAUGACUUUCCCGAUCUAGUAAGGGACAAAUUGGACAGCAAGGACAGGGAUGUUUUAUGUAAGGAGCGAAUUGAACGAUUCACAAGUAAAAAGUUAAACCAAGUUCCAAAAGCCUUUGGAGCAUUUACAUUUGAAUUACCGUUAGCUCUUGCUGCUAGCUCGGGGAAUACUGAUAUGUUUGAGGAGGUUAUCAUGAAUGGUGCUAACCUCUUGUCUGUGGAUAGCUAUGGAAAUAACAUUGUACACUGCUUGGCAAUCAUGGCUGGAAUAUCUCCCUUCCAAUCUGCAAACAUGUUCAACCAUUUACUACAGCAUACACAAUCUGAGCUCCAUAGGCAGGCCUUACUCUUUCAAGAGAACAAGGAGAUGUUAACACCCUUGGAUAUAGCUGUGAAGAAUGGUAUCCCUAAUAUGGUUCAGCUCUUUCUAGGUACUGAUGGGGUCUACAGGAAUGUUCUAAAGGAGUGUGCUAUGUAUCAGUAUGUUCAAUAUAAUGUCACAGCCUAUGAGAGGAAAGAUUCCGACAAGGCUUCUCCCAUGGCAUACAUUUCUGAAUUAAGUGAAGCACAAACUGCUAUUGCUGAGGGUAGUGAAAUGCUUACCACUGAACCAAUCAAGACAUGGAUUGAAACAAAAUUCAAUAAUACAUUUUGGGUUGUGCUGGGUUGGAUUGUGUUUUGGAUUUUGUUUUGUGGGAUUGAGAUUGCAUUGGUUGUUAUAUUUGAGCUCAAGGUGCAAUCAGAUUUAGGAGAUAGUUAUUUGGUUCUUCACAUUUUAGGGAUUGUUUUUGCCUCUAUGAGUAUCAUAUCUGAGAUUGUGUUUUGUAUAUGGGACUGCAGGCCUGUCAACUGUCCCGCAAUUUGCGUAUUUGUCACGCAUUUGCUGAAGAAUUUGAAGUCACGCCAGUGGUCCCAAGUUGACAGCCCUGGGACUGGAACAAUCAAACUAAUUAGAUUGAUUGUGCGCUGCUUCACUCCUAAAGACCAACCAGUUGCGUAUCUUUUCACUUAUAGGCUGUUCCAUUUUGUAUUCUCACUCACAGCUGUCCUAGUAUUCAUCUGUCAAUAUUUUCUGAUUGGUGGAGACUUUGUCCAUGUCUUGACUGUCAUGAUCAUUAUACUCGCAUUCCUCUGUCUUCUAUUCUUUGUACACCUAGUGCCAUCUAUAGGACAUCUCUUAGUUAUAAUUGAGAAACUCCUCUGUGAUGUGCUCAUCUUCCUCAUUGUAUUUAUUUCAUCUUUGAUUCCAAUGGCGGCUUGUUUAUACUUUACGAAUGCAGACUUUGUGCCCAAUGGUGAUUUACGACAAUCCAAUUUAACCGAAGGUGGUAGUUACGCAUAUAGAAUCUACGAGACUUUACUUAUGACGUUCCAGCAGCCAAGCUCUGAUUUCAUGGUUUCUAAGAACACAAAUAUUGGGUUUGUGAAUUUCCUCUAUAUAGCAACAAUGAUUGUAUGGUCCAUUUUCCUGUUGAAUGCAUUGAUUGGGUUAAUAGUGAAAAGAGCGCAAGAUAUUGCUGCAUAUAUCGACACAAUGUGGAAAAUACAGUCUUUAGCUAUGGUGCUAAUGGUGGAGAAGAAAUUCAUGAAAAUGCCAUCACGUUGCUAUGAAUUAUGUAAUUGCACAGAGUUGGAGCCAGCAGAGAUCAUUGAGUUACAUAAUACCCAUGUGUUUCUGGAGACAUUUGAGGUUGCGAUUCAGUCCCCAGGACAGGAAGACAGAGAUAAAUCGAGGAGGAUUGGGUUACGGAGAGGGAGUCAUGAUAAAGAUGACAAACUCGUUUCUGUUGUUUAA